AUGGCGUCCCCACCGCCUCCAGUGGAGGACCAGGCGCGAUUGCUGGAGGAUGCCUUGACUGUGGUCCGCCAACAGUCUGUCUUGAUGCGCCGAUGUCUGGAGUCGCCUGGCAAGCUCAUGGAUGCUCUCAAAUGUGCCUCAACUCUUGUGUCAGAACUACGGACUUCCAGCCUUGGACCAAAGCAGUACUAUGAGCUCUACAUGUCCAUAUUCGAUGCCUUGCGACACCUCUCCGUCUACCUCCGAGACUCACACCCUGUCAACCAUCUAGCGGACUUAUACGAGCUUGUGCAAUAUGCAGGCAAUGUGGUGCCGAGGUUGUAUCUCAUGAUCACGGUGGGUACGGUGUACAUGGGUAUCGAGGAUGCGCCGGUCAAGGAGAUCAUGAAGGAUAUGAUGGAAAUGAGCAGAGGUGUACAGCAGCCAGUGCGCGGUCUUUUCCUCCGGUACUUUCUUAGCGGCCAGGCACGAGACUCGCUGCCUAGCGGUACUGGCGAUGGACCGGAAGGCAACCUCCAGGACAGCAUCAGCUUCAUACUCACCAACUUUGUGGAGAUGAACAAGCUUUGGGUGCGAUUACAGCAUCAGGGACCAUCACGAGAGCGGGAGCAGCGGACGAAGGAGAGGCAAGAGCUACAACUGCUGGUCGGCAGCAACCUGGUCCGGUUGAGUCAGUUAGUGGAUCUUGACAGCUACAAGAACGUCAUACUACAACCUCUUCUAGAGCAAGUGGUGCAAUGCCGAGAUGUGCUGGCGCAGGAGUACCUACUGGAGGUCAUCACACAGGUCUUUCCAGACGAGUUCCAUCUCAACACAUUAGAUCAGCUGCUCUCGGCAACUGCACGGCUGAACCCGCACGUGAAUGUCAAGGCGAUUGUGAUCGGACUCAUGGAUCGGCUUUCGGCAUAUGCACAACGAGAAGCAGAGACACAGACACCGGAAGACAGGCAGAGGCACGAAGAGGAAUCCGUGUCUGCUCUGCUCGAGAAGAUCAAGCUCGGCAAGGAUAAAGCUCAAGAGGAUGGCACGAAGUCGGCUAAUGAUACCGCGCCGCCGAAUGGCGAGACUCACGAUACCGAUUCGGCACCUUCCGAUAGCGCUGCGGACAAUAAGACGACUGAGGAUGCAACACCACAUACCAACGGCGAUGCGACCAAACAACCAGGCAUACCGGACAAUGUCAAACUGUUCGAGAUCUUCUAUGAGCAGGUGGUGCAUGUGGUCGGUGUGCAGCGGCUACCGAUACAGGACAUCACAGCUCUCUUAGUAUCCCUUGUCAACCUUGCGCUUACCAUAUAUCCCGACCGAUUGGACUAUGUUGAUCAGGUCCUACAAUAUGCUACAAAGGAGACGGCAAGGUUUCAAAGCUCCGCCGAUCUUCACUCACAACCGGCACAAUCCAACAUCCUCAACCUACUCCUCUCACCAGUGAAAGCAUACUUCUCACUCUUCACGGCAUUAGCGCUACCGAACUUCGUGCCUCUCUUCCAGCAGCAAACGUAUCCUACCCGACGAUCUGUCGCAGGCGAAGUAGCGCGGAGCCUUCUGCGUAAUGAGAUCAAGAUCACGACCGUCGAGAACCUCGAAGGCGUGCUUCAGACACUGGGUGUACUCGUCAAAGAAGGCCAACAGUCACCUUCGUCAAACUAUCCUGGAGGUCAGGUUCGGCGUACAGCAAUCGAGACGGAGGAGACCGUGGAAGAACAAGGCUGGCUAGCAAGAAUCGUUCACCUCAUCGCCGCACCAUCGAACACGACACAAUUCUCUCUCCUGCAAAAGACACGCACGGCUUUCCAAGAAGGCAACGAAAGAACGAAAUACACAACUCCUGCUCUCCUCACCGCCUCACUCAAACUCGCCCGUAACUUCAAGCGAAGAGAACAUCUCUCCAACGACGAUUACGCCACUAAUUCCAGCGCCUUAUACAAGUUCUGCCACUCCUUGCUAUCAAGUCUCUAUACCCGCGUUUCCGGAUCAUCAGGUGUGCCAGAUCUGGUCCUCCGUCUGUUCGUCUCCUGUGGCCAGGUUGCAUCGCAAUGUGAGAACGAGGAUGUCGCGUACGAGUACUUUGCGCAAGCAUUCACGAUCUACGAAGAGAGUAUCUCCGACUCCAGAAGUCAAUUCCAAGCGAUAUGCAUCAUUGCCGGCGCAUUGUCUGGAUGCUCGGACAGAUUCUCGCGGGAGAACUACGAUACCCUGAUCACGAAGGCUGCGCUACAUGGCAGCAAAUUACUCAAGAAGCCAGAUCAGUGUCGUUCAGUGUACCUGGCAAGUCACUUAUGGUGGGCAGUAGAGAAGUCGGAGAAGUCGGAGGACGGCAAAGAACCCUACCGCGACGGCAAACGCGUGCUCGAGUGCCUCCAACGCGCCCUCCGCGUCGCAGACGCCUGCAUGGACACCUCCGUUUCCGUCGAACUCUUCGUCGAGAUCCUAAAUCGCUACGUCUACUACUUCGACCAAGAGAACGACGCCGUCACCACAAAAUAUCUGAAUGGGUUGAUCGAGUUGAUCCAUAGUAACCUGAAUACUACGGAGAAUGUUUCUGGGCUAGAGAAUCCGAAGCGGCAUUUUCAAAGGACGUUGGAGUAUGUGGAGGCGAGGGGAUAUGAGGGGGUUGAGGUCAAGGCGAAGACUUGA